CCAGUGUCAUCAAGGUUCUGAAGGUUCUGAAACCCACUGUGGGCAUCGCCACUUGUUUUAAAUGGAGCCCAGCACCUAGAGAAUGGGCGUAAAUGAGAAACGAGACAGAAAAUGUCUAGCCGAGGAAGUGCAAGUUCUGGUUCCAUGCCGUUGAAGAGGGGCCCGCUUAUGAAGCCUGGCUCAGCCAGAGCUAGAGAUGAAGGGGAAGCAACUCCAAGGAUGGUGGUGAAGGAGACCAGAGCUGUCGUCGUAGACAUUGGUACUGGCUCCUGCAAGUGUGGGUUUGCUGGGGAACUUAAACCAAGCCAUGUGGUCUCCUCGACUGUGGGCAAGCAUAUCCAAGAGACGGCAAAAACGGGAGACAACAGGAAAGAGACUUUCGUCGGCCGAGAACUUCGCGAUGCAGGAAUACCCCUGAAGCUUGUGAACCCUUUGAGACAUGGGAUCAUAGUGGACUGGGAUACUGUUCAAGACAUGUGGGAAUAUCUUUUCCUGAAGGAGAUGAAGAUUCGGCCCGAGGAGCACGCGGUCCUAGUAUCAGAUCCGCCUCUGAGCCCUACCACCAACAGAGAAAAAUACGCAGAAAUGCUCUUUGAGAGCUUUUGCACUCCUGCCAUGCACAUUGCUUACCAAUCUAGAUUGUCCAUGUAUUCCUAUGGCAAGACGUCUGGUCUCGUCGUAGAGAGCGGUCACGGUGUCUCCUACGUGGUCCCUAUUUAUGAAGGCUACACCAUGCCAAGCAUUACUGAAAGGGUCGACUACGCUGGGUCCGAUGUCACACAACACCUCAUGAAGUUAUUAAAUGACUCCGUGAACUUGUUCACAGAGAGAGACUGGCCCAUUCUGGAAGAUAUCAAAGAGAACCACUGCUUCACUUCUGUGGACUUCCAACAGGAGACAACAGCACCUUCCAGAAAAUACGAGAUGGAAUAUGAGCUUCCCGACGGGCAAACCAUCAUCAUCGGCAAAGAGAGAUUCCUGUGCUCCGAAAUACUCUUCAAGCCGUCCUUGAUCAACUCACAGCAGCUGGGGCUGCCUCUUCUCACCAUGACUUCCCUCAAUAAGUGCGACGUCACGCUCAAAAAGAACCUGAUGGGCAACAUCUUGUUGUGUGGGGGCUGUACAAUGCUCAAGGGCUUUGCUGACCGCUUCCAGAGAGAGCUGAUUAAAAUGUGCCCAAAUGACAAUCCCAUUUCAUCAGCUGCCGCUGAGAGGAAAACAUCUGUGUGGACUGGAGGUUCCAUCUUGGCCUCCCUUAAGGCUUUCCAGCAGCUCUGGGUUUAUAGGAAAGAAUAUGAAGAACGAGGUCCUUUUUACAUCUACAGGAAAUGUUUCUGAGCUCCCACCACUGAUUAAACUCUUAUACACACACACACACACACCCCUCAAGCUAGAUGCAGAGAGGCUAAAGAAGUCUCACACCCGCUUUUCGGUUAGUACCCAUCAAAAAGUUACUUGAUCUGUGAGCACUAAUGGACUGCUUACUUUCCGUUCUCCCUGUAUUAAAAGCCCAUAGUAAACACUC